UCGGACCGCACCGCAUUGGCAACCACGGUGACAGUGAAUUGUGGUGAGAAGAAAGCAACGCACUUUGUGUACAACAUACACAGUGAAGUGAAUGUACGCUCCCCGUACGCCUUUAAUGGGCAUGAUUUACGACGCAUCCAAAUAGUGCACUGCUAAACCCGCCUUGAACACCGAGCAGUUUUCAUCUCUCAAGCAAAAUAGUUUUCCCAAAACAAUCCAUGAUGGUGCUACGAAUGCGCGACAUGCUGUACGAGAAUCCGCUCGAUCACUUUCUUUCGCUGCUGAUCGAUCUGCUGAUCUUCUUCGUGAAAUCCAUCUACUACACGCUCGAAACGAUCGUGCUUACGCUCACACCGUACCAAUUUCGGAAGCUAAAGGACGUCUCCGGACAGGUGGUGUUGAUUACGGGCGGUGGCGGUGGUGUCGGACGACAGCUGGCACUGAACUUUGCGCGCCUACGAGCCCGUGUAGUCAUCUGGGACAUUAAUAAGGAUGCACUGCAGGGCACGGUGGACGCACUGGAAGCGGAAGGCUACCGCUGCCGGGCCUACCUGGUGGACAUCUCCGAGCGUGAACGGGUGUAUGAAGCGGCAAAGAAGGUGAAGCAGGAAGUUGGCAAUGUGGAGGUGUUGAUCAAUAACGCUGGUAUCGUCGCCUGCCGAACACUGUGGGAUCUGACCGAUAAAGCUAUCGAGAGUACGUACGCCGUCAACAUUCUGUCGCACUACUGGACUACGCGCGCCUUUCUACCAGAAAUGAUGAAUGCGAACAGUGGCCACAUCGUAACGGUUGGAUCGGUGGCCGGUCUGCUCGGUACGUACGGUUGUACCGAUUAUAGUGCGACGAAGUUUGCUUGCGUUGGUUUUCACGAGGCACUCUUUACGGAAUUGAAGACGCACGGUUAUGAUAACAUCUAUAUGACGCUGGUGUGUCCGUACUACAUCAACACGGGCAUGUUUGCUGGAUGCAAACCACGCCUGUUGCCCAUGCUUGAACCGAAGCACGUCGCCGACAGCAUGGUACGGUCGAUACUGAAGAACGAAGUAAACUGUACGCUACCGGACCACGUGCGCAUGUUCCUGCCACUCAAGUGUUUGCUGCCAGCGAAAACAUGCUGGGAGCUGAUGUACCGCGUGAUGAAGGGUCCGGAAACGAUGAUGGGCUUCCGUGGACGGGGCAAGGCGACGGCUGGAUAGAGUACGACGGGCUUCAAAUGUCGGUGUGUUUUUCAUCAUUUUAACCUAAUU